AUGACGACCGUCUCGGAGUAUGACGUAGCAAUUAUUGGCGGCGGCCCCGGCGGCUAUGUUGCCGGCAUACGGGCCGGUCAGUUGGGCCUGAAAUCCUGCGUCAUUGAAAAAGAAGCGUUGGGCGGCGUGUGCCUUAAUUGGGGCUGCAUACCUUCAAAAGCCCUCCUCAAAAACGCCGAGAUCGUCUCCUACGUCCAUCGCGCAGACCAGUUUGGCCUGCAAUUUGAAAACUUCCGGGCGGACUACAGCGUCGCCAUGAAACGUAGCCGGCAGGUCGUUGAUCGCAUGACCCGCGGCGUCGACUUCCUGCUCCGCAAAAACGGCGUCGACAGCAUUUCGGGAACCGCGCGCCUCGUCUCGCCCAACGCGGUGGAUGUUACCGGGCCGGACGGGCAGAACUCUCGCAUUGCCGCCCGCAACAUCAUCAUCGCCACCGGAGCGCGACCCCGAAGCAUCCCGCCGCUCCCCAUUGACGGCGAACGCAUCAUAACCAGCCGUGAGAGCAUCGUCGCCGAGGAUGUGCCCGACUCGAUUGCCAUCGUUGGCGGUGGGGCCAUCGGCGUAGAGUUUGCCUACAUCUACCGCAUGUACGGCGCCGAGGUCACAGUCAUCGAGUUGUUGCCUCACAUCGUCCCCAACGAGGACGAGGAAAUCAGCCAGCAGCUUGAGCGGGCCUUCAAUCGUCAUGGCGUUAAGCUGGUCACCGGAGCCGGUGUGACCGAUGCCCAGGCCGAUGCCGAGGGUGUAACCUUGACCAUCGACAAAGACGGCAUAACCGAGACCGCUCGGUUCGACAAGGUGCUGGUCGCCAUCGGAGUCCUGCCCAACACCGAGGACUUGGGGCUUGAGACCGUGGGCGUGGCAACCGAAAGAGGAUACGUCGUCAUCGACGACAAGAUGGCUACCAACGUGCCCGGCAUCUACGCCGUCGGUGAUGUGACCGGCAAGUUGGCCUUGGCCCACGUCGCGUCUGCCCAGGGCGUCACCGCGGUGGAAUCCAUCGCCGGCGAAGAGACCCAGCCGCUGAACUAUACCUUCAUGCCCCGCGCCACCUACUGCCAUCCCCAGGUCGCCUCUUUCGGGCUGACCGAGGCACAGGCCAUCGCACAGGGCUACGAUGUCAAGAUCGGGCGGUUCAACGUUCAAGCCAGCGGCAAAGCGGUCGCUAUGGGCGAGAAUGACGGUAUGGUCAAAUUAGUCAUCGACGCCAACUACGGUGAGAUCCUUGGGGGCCACAUGUGCGGUCCCGAGGUCACCGAGCUCCUCGCGGAGUUGCAGAUGACCCACCUGCUGGAAGGCACGACGUUGGAAUUGGGUUGGGCGGUUCAUGCCCACCCCAGCGUCGCCGAAAUGGUGCACGAAGCCGCCCUCGACGCCGAGGGCCGCGCGCUGCACAUGUAG